AUGACUCCAUUCACACUGGAUCUAAGCGAUUUCCAAUCCAACUCCCCAGAAUUCGCAAGAAAGGCUUUAGAAGGCUUUCGUCGGGACGGCUUCAUUAAACUUGUUGGUCAUGGCAUUUCCGAAUCGGAAAUUAACCAGCUCCUUGCCUGGAACAAAGCGUUCUUUGCACUUCCUCUGGAGGAGAAGCUAGCAGUGUCCAAUGUUGCUGGACCAGAACCUCAGCGUGGUUACAGCGCUGUUGGUGUUGAGAAAACCGCAACUUUGAAUAUCAACGGUGCAGUCAAUCUUGAAAUGGCCAGCCACGAAGGGCGGGAAGAUUUCAAGGAAACCUUUGAUAUGGGAGGUCCGAACGAUACUGAUUUCCCCAAUCAAUGGCCAGCAGAAACCAGCAUUCCGGGGCUCAGAUCCUGGCUAGAGCAAUACUGGUUCAAGUCGCACAAAGUUGCCAUGAGAGUUCUCAACGCUCUUGAGCUGGCCUUGGGGGUUCCUCAAGACUCUUUUGUAAGCCGCUGUGACGGCUGCAAGAGCGAAAUGCGCCUGAUUCAUUAUCCUAAUGUCUCAGCUGAGAAACUUCAGUCCAACAAUACGAUGCGUAUCUGGCCGCACACCGAUGCAAGUGCAAUCACUUUGCUCGUGCAGGACAGUAGUGGAGGCCUCGAGGUCGAGAAUCAGAGCUCUCCGGGAUCGUUCGAAUCCGUCUCAUUAGUAAACAAAACUGAACUGAUUGUCAAUGGUGGCGAGACACUGGAACGGUGGACGAAUGGUCUUUUGAAACCAGUCUUGCAUCAGGUCAAUGUCCCUCCUGGGCCAAAGUGUUCAGAAUCCGGAACGAUCCCGUCUCGUCUCUCGGUGGCUUUCUUCGUUAAUGCCAAUGCGGACGCUUCGAUGGGACCUUACGAUAAGUUUGUGUCCGCGAAUGAGCCUUCCAAGUUUCCGGAUAUGCUGUCUCGGGAAUAUCACAGACUUCGGAAUGCAGUUGUAUAUUAG